AUUCCGGAAAAUCAUUACGAUUUUUGUAUUACCUUACCAUAAUUUGCAAGCACUUAAGCGACAGAAGAUGAUGCAGAGGAUGAAUAUGUAAUAAGAAUGUAAACUUUGCACAGGAAUUGUCGGUUUUUAGUAGACAAAGACCUGAAACAUGGCUGAGAGUAAACAGCUGAAGAUUGGGACUCGUGUGGAGGUCAUUGGAAAAGGAGUUGUUGGGGCAGUGGCUUAUAUUGGUACAACUCUCUUCUCCAGUGGUAAAUGGAUUGGUGUGAUUCUUGACGAUGCCAAGGGGAAGAACAAUGGAGUGGUGCAGGGCAAAACGUACUUCACCUGUCAGGACAAUCACGGAAUCUUUGUUCGUCAGUCUCAGAUUGUAGCUUUGGAUGACAAGGAGGCUAGUCCUGCCGCGGCACCUGCUCCUGCCUCUACACCUGCUGCUACACCAAAGCCAUCAUCGGGGAUCCCUGGUCCAAGGACGGCCAAGCGGUCAGGUCUCCGCCCACCAAGCUAUGUCGGCAAGAGUAGUGAAAAUCUUGUGGACAUGUCUGCCACCCCUAAAAGGGCCCCAAGUGUCCCCUCGGACCUCUCUAAGAUUGCAGCUACCCCUCUCCCGACCCCAGCCAAGGAGAGCAGCAUACCGUCAGGAUUGUCGAGGAUUGGCCGUGGAGCAAGUAAAGAAUCAACGCCCCCUCCAGCACCGGCACCUGUCGAGCCAAAGGCACCUCCUGCAGAGGCGACCCCCAAACCCCCAUCCACCAAGCUUACACCGACUACACCAGCAGACGUAAGCAUGACCUCCCUGGACGACAAAAUGACUAACUUACAACAGUCACAGGAGAUUGAGGGACUCACUGCUGAAAUUAAAGACCUCAAUGAAAAACUGGAAACCCUGAAAAUAAAACGCGGUGAAGACAAAAGCAAAUUGAAGGAGUUUGAGAGAGCCAAGCUACAGAUGCAGCAGUUACAAGAGUACAAGAGUAAAAUACAGGAGACUAACAAGGAACUUCAGCAGCAGUUAUCUAAUGCUAAAAGGGAAGCACGAGACAUCCAGGAUGCGUAUGACCAGUACAAGGACGAAAUGUCUGAUCUAGCUGAAUCCAUGGAACUGGCCACACUUGAUAAAGAGAUGGCAGAGGAAAAGAGUGAAUCUCUACAACAAGAACUGGACAACCUGAAGGAGAAGAACGAAGAAUUAUCUCUGGAUCUGGAGAUUCUGAGAAGCGAGAUCAGUGAGAAAGGCACAGAGGGUCUGGCCUCUAGCUACCAGGUCAAACAGUUGGAGCAGCAGAACGAACGUCUCAAGGAUGCAUUAGUCAAGAUGCGAGAUCUGUCGUCAAGUGAUAAGCAGGAAGCAAUGAAAAACCAGAAGUUGAAUGAGAAGUUGACCAACGACAUAACGGCUCUGAAACGGGACAAAGAGAAACUUCAGCACGAUGUCACGGAUCUACAGACCCAGGUCAUAGAACUGAAGGAACAGGUGGAUGCUGCUCUGGGUGCAGAGGAGAUGGUGGAAUCUUUGGCAGAGAAAAAUCUUCAUUUGGAGGAAGUGAUACACGAACUGGAGGAAGAGAAAUCAGAUUUGGAAGCCCUUCACGAGAUGAAUGAAGAGCUACAGGAAAAUACUAGAGAGUCAGAGCUGGAGUUACGUGAAGAACUAGAUCUGGCCAACGGACGAGCUACUGAGGUACAGAGAAAGCUGGAUGCCACUCAGGAGACUAUAGCCGAUUAUGAAGCGACUAUUUCAAAGUUCCGAGAGCUUGUAUCGAGUCUACAGGAUACCAUCAGGGACAUGAGGAGCCGUCAGGUGGAAUCGGAGCAAAAGACAGAAACGCCAACCAUGGAAGUGUUUGAUUUUAAAGCAAAGUUCGCCGAGUCCAAGGCUUACGCUAAGACGAUUGAUAUGGAGCUGAGGAAGCUAGAGGUCCAACAGGCGAAUUACCAGGUGUCACUACUGCAGUCCUUCAUGCCGAACUCCUUCAGCAACAGGGGAGGUGACCAGGAUGCCGUCGGUGUGCUGCUCAUGAUUCCUCGGAUCAUCAGUAAAUGUGACCUGUUGGCCUCACAGGUCAAGGACAAGUUUGAGAUGGUGGAGAAUAUAAAUCGAGAGACUGUGCUGAAGAGCCACAAGGCCCAGCAGUGUAGCUAUGCCCUACAGAUGGUACUGAUGCUGAAUACCCUCAUCACUAUCAUGAAGCAGUAUGAAUAUGCUAUGAGGACUUGCAGUGUAGAGCUGUUCCUGAAGAUCGGGACGUUGUUACCGGAGAUGAAUGCCCAUGAGAAGUCGGUCGACUACUUUAUAGAGCUGUUGAGGAAAGAUCAGCUUGACGAGAAUAUCUCUUUAGAUCUUCUGGAGAAAUCGAUCAGCUAUUUCCAACAACUACACGCCGUACACUUGGUAACUGAGAAGGUUGACUGUACGUCUCUGAUGGCUAAUGAGACCAAACUUGUCCUAAGUGCUUGUGACUGUAUCAGUACUGACAUUGCUCGCCUAAAAGUCCUACUUCAGCCUGGACAGGAGCAGACACAGAUCUCCAUAUUGCUGAAGGACCUUGAGAAUUGUAACAGUGACACGCGUAUGUGUGCCAGGAAGGUAAAACGAAGACUGCCACAGGGAGAUGGAGCUGCUAUGCCACUUACAUUUGGAAAAGAGAUCAAGUCCCUGCUGGGAGAUUGUAGUAAGAACAUCACUUGUGUGGCUAAGACCCUCCAACUCACAGCUGCUGGUGCCAUGCAGCAGGCUGCUCUUCUCACGGAAACCAUGUCCGGUGGGCGAAUGGAUUUGGAAAACUUCAAGGAUGCUGAAGGCCUGAUGCCAAAGAAGAUGGAAGAGAUCGCUUACGAGGUCACAGACAAAGUCUACGGCAAGGACGAUAAUGGUCCAUAUGAGAGUACAAAGGUUUCAUUUGGACAAGUAGUCGGUACCAUGAACAAGAUCGCCAAUGCUAUGGAAAAUGGAGAAUAUGACUUUGAUGGAACGAGAGACAAACAGCCCCCGCAACCAGUGGUGACUCGGGCCAACACAGUGAGGUCUCAGAUCGCCGACAUUGAGACGAUGAAGUUCAAGCUGGAGAGUAAGGAAGAGGACAUCAAAGAACUGAAAAAACUCAUGAAGAUGAAGCAAGAAGAAUUCAGUGAACAGCAAGUUAGAAUGAAUCUGGUGGAGAAGAAGCUGGACAACGCUACCAAGGAUGGCGACGAGCGUGUGGAGAAAAUGCAGCGUAAGCUUGAUGAGAUCCAACUACAGAUGAAGAAAAAGGAAAAGGAGUUUGAGGAAACUAUGGAUACUUUGCAGUCGGACAUUGACACUCUCGAACAGGAGAAGUUGGAAUUGAAGGAAAGACUAAAGAUACUCUCAAAGAAAACGUUACUGGAAGGCAUUUCUCGACAAGCGGGUCAGACUGUUGGCAGUACUCCGAGUUUGUCGUCCUUGACAACAGUAAACGAGUCUCCUGUCCUACUACAACAGAUAAGUUCUCUAAAGGAGGCAUUGAACUUCACCAAACAAGAUAACCGUCGUCUGCAGGCUGACCGAAUGAAGGAGAAGAUGGCCAAGCUGCCGCCAUUACAAGUACCUAAGAAGCCAGUCGGACUGGGUAGCAGUGUGGGCUCGGUUAAAAUGGUCAACUACCCUGACGGCACGUCAGACAAAUUGGAGAUCGGUAAUCUGGCCAAGGAGACAUCCCAACUUCUCAGUGAAGUCAACAUGUUGUCAGCUUGUCCAAGAGUGGUCGAUAUAACAAAGAGAAAAUCAGGAGUCGAGCCCGUGUCAGAUAGCAGUAAUCCUGCCAGAGAAUUGGUCGCCAAGACAGCCAAACUUACAUUACUGGAGAAGAAAACACAAGAGCUCCAGGUCCAGGUCACGACUUUGUUGGCAGCCAACAGGACCGGAGGCCAGGUCAGAACGGACUUCUCUACCUUCCCGACGCCUCAGUUUGCUCGGAUGCUGCAUGAGAAGAGCGCAGAAAGCGUUUGUGUGGGCAGGAUUAACGUGCCGACAAAACCUGGCACAGGUGACCUCAUUCCCAUCAACGUACAGCCCGACCAUCUACGACAAAUACAUGGCAAAUUCAUGACCUGAUUCCAAUGUGUUGCUAAAUCUCACAAUCAUAAGUUUUUUGUUAAAUUACGAGACAUGGACAGAAAAAUCUGGACCAAUGCCUAACUGGUAUUAUACACUGAGAAAACUGAGGUUUGAAAGAAAUGUUGUUUCAAAUCGCAAAAUUAAAUGAUUUUCUUGUUUCCAUAGUUCUUGUGACUUCAGUGCCGAUGCAUCAUUGUACUUUACUUACAUUGCAAAUGUUGUUAAGGAAAUUUUUGGCUGAUUUAACAUAAAAAAGAAUUCAUAUCGAGUCCAUAGAAUGCUGAAACUUGUACAUUUGUAUUUCGAUUUUCAAGGAAUUCUUCCUUGACAAAUGUAAUGAUGCCAAGUAAAUUCAGUGUGUUUACAAAGAGACACUUAUUAGAAACAUUACAAAUCAAGAAUGUAAUGAAUGGACUGGAUGUAAGUAUUGAGUCUCGAUUUCGAUUCAAAUUUCAAUUAUGGUUGAAAAUUAUUGAUCAUGUUUAUGAGUGGCACAACUUUCGUACACUUCCCGUAUAUUUGUCUGUGAUUUUGAAAUGUGUAUAACUUAUCUUUGGUUAGUAUAGAGUAUGAUUCUUAAUUUAAUUACCGAGUUAGUGGGGUAAUUGAGGAAUACAUUUAAGAACUACUGCUUGUGUUAAUACUGUAAACGUGGAAAUUUACGCGAGGGGGAAAAUUACACUAAUUAUACGGAGUCCUUUUAAUCGCGAAAUUUCACGCAAAUUAUUUUGAUAUCAUUUGGCAUAAUCCUGAACUAGAAACAGAGGUGGAACAAUCGCGAAAAUUACCCCAACGCUAUAGUUUACAUAUCGAAAUUGUGAAAUAAACCACCACCCCCGCCCCUUGCUAAAAUAACCACGUUACAGUACAGCAAGCUAUAUAACAUGAUGAAUUACGGAGGAGCUGAAGUCUGACGGCCUCUCUUGAUAAAUGGUGUUGCUAUGUUGUAUAGCAUAUUUAGCAUGUAUUUCUGAUUGUGGGGUUUAGCAAACACAAAUAUUUACAUUUUAUAUUUAUUAGUGCAAUAAUAAAUGGUUUCCUUUAAAAGUGCUGAUGACUUAGAAUGCUUUCAGUGGGUUUGUGGUUGUAUCUUGGUGACUUUGCUUAAUAUUAAUUAUAUAGAACAUGUUAUCACUGCUAUGUACACGAAUCAUGAAAAUUUAUAAGACAGAAAAAUAUACAUGUUAGACCUCGUGUUAGUCUGGAGUUCAGUCUCCAAAUUUAAUCUCAGGAGACGUUUCAUCAAAGUUUUGUCCGAGUUAUUGCCAACAAUAUGUUACAGUAUCUUCUCGGGUCAGCUUUUUCUUCAGGGGCUCAUAAUUCUUAUUUCAAAGUCGAUAUGUAUUUAUAUAUGUAUGGCACUGAUGAUACAGAUAUUCUUCUGAAAUUUUGAAAAUCCAACAAUUCUCACUGUGACAGCAAUUUAGAGUAUUGAACUCUGCAGAAUUCGAAUUCUCAUUUUGUUAGUUAAUUUGAUUAUAAACAAAAAAGUCUAGCUUGAAAUAUACUUGCCUCCAAUUGCUUCAUCAAAUAUUGGUCAUUGUAUAUUGUAAGAAUGCUUUCUUAAAAGUCAUAUUUUCUACAUUUGUUGAUGGUGAACAAAGUUGUCCUCUAUUAGCUGUGAAAACCCUGUGUAACAUUAUAUUAUACCAUGUGUAUUCCUUAUACAAGAAAAUCAUGCCUUCAAUUAAAUCUGGUCUUGCAUAUGAAUUAUGAAAAAGCUUAAUAAACUUAUCUGGAAACAUUAAA